CUCUUGCUGCAGCAUCCCUUCACACAAAGGCUUGGGAACUGCCAGCAGCCUGAGAAGCCGGCGGCUCCACCUCCAGCUCCGGCGGCGGCAGCAGCUGCCCCCUAUCCCAACUCUGGGGCAGCAACACUUGGGAUUCCCGCCCCUGCCCGCCGCCCCUUCCCUCGGCUCCCACAAACAAGUCACGCCCCCACCCCCAGCCCCCCAUCCAUACGGAACAGGAGGACUGGAAAGGAACAAGUUGGAGGGAGAGAAGGAGGUGGAGGAGGAGGAGGAGAAGGAGGAGGAGGAGAAGGAGGAAGAGGAGGAGGAGGAAGAGGAGGAGAACCAGAGGUAGGGUGAGGAGAGAGGGCCAUAGAGCCGGAGAGAGCAGCGGCAGCAGCGGGAAGGAAGUAGGGAGUGCGGGAAGAGCGUGCAGGCGAUCGAGCAAGCGAGCCAGCAAGCCAGCCUUAGGGAAGGACGAAGGAGCCCAUCUGCCGGCCUGGGAGCUAGCAGCCGGCUCCAGGCAGCGGUCAGCAGCGGGGGCGGCGGCAGAGGCAGCGCCCAUAGCCAGUGCAGCACAGACCGAGCAACUGACCGAGGGGGCGGGAGGGAAGCGCUCCCCUUGUCAGCCCGCCCGAUCCAUGGGCUGGCGCGGGCCCCUGCUUGCCUGCUGGGGGGCGGUGGCGUCAGGGUCCGGGGCCUGGGAAAGGCCGAGCUCUGGCACUCCAUCUCCGCCUCCACCAUCACCCCCCUUACCCCUGGGCCGGGGUCCGCGGGCACUGCUGCCGCUGCUGCUGUUGCCGCCGCUGCUGCUGUUGCGAACCUCGGCCUUGGCAGCGGGGGCGUCGGCCCCGGGCGCAGUGUGCUGGUGGGCGCCGCGGGGCGCUGGCUCCGUGCGGGAGCGGGUUCAGCGUGCCGCCGUGGUGAUCGAGGGCCAGGUGCCACGGCGGCGACCGCCAGACGAGGGGUCCCUGUUGGACGAGGUGGCCAGAGCAGUAGUCGGAGGGCUGGAGGAGUCGCCCACGAAGCCCCACUCGAGCCCCAGUCUCAGCCCCAGCCCCCGCCCUGGUGGCGGUGGGGACGGCGAAGCGCUUUACCUGGUGAGAGUGCGCCACGUGUGGGCGGCGAAAACGGGCGGGCUGAGCCGUGACGCGCUGGUCACUGUUCGCCUGGGCCCGGCCCGGGGCUUGGCCUCCCCAUCGUCCUGUGGGGACCCGAAGCCUCCGUCUCCACCGAGGCGGCUGCGAGAGGACCGCACCUACAUCUUCUUCAUGGAACCGGAAGCCAACAGCAGCAGUAGCAGCAGUGGCCUUCCCUCGGCAUUCAAGGCUUCUUCACCCCCGCUGCCAGCAGGCAGAAAAGUCCGGAAGGAAGUUGGCCGAUUGCUGUGUGAGCGGUGUGCUGCCCCUCCCCGAUUGAAAGAGAUGAAGAACCAGGAGUCAGCUGCUGGUUCAAAGCUGGUGCUCCGGUGUGAGACCAGCUCAGAAUACUCUUCUCUCAAGUUCAAGUGGUUUAAGAAUGGGAGUGAACUGAGUCGGAAAAACAAACCACAAAAUGUCAAGAUACAAAAAAAGCCAGGGAAAUCAGAAUUACGCAUCAGUAAAGCUACGCUCGCUGAUUCUGGAGAGUAUAUGUGCAAAGUGAUCAGUAAACUAGGCAAUGACAGUGCAUAUGCCAACAUCACCAUUGUGGAAUCAAAUGAAACUGUAACUAGCAUGCCAUCAUCUACUGAAAGAUCAAGCAUGCCAUCAGAGUUCCCCACUAGAAUAUCAAUGUCAACAGAAGGAGCCAAUACUUCUUCAUCCACCUCGACGUCCACUGCUGGGACUAGUCAUCUUGUCAAAUGUUCUGAGAAGGAUAAGACUUUCUGUGUGAAUGGAGGAGAGUGCUUUAUAGUCAAGGAUCCAUCAAACCCCUCGAGAUACUCGUGCAAGUGCCCAAAUGAGUUUACUGGUGAUCGUUGCCAAAACUACGUAAUGGCGAGCUUCUACAAGCAUCUUGGGAUUGAAUUUAUGGAAGCUGAGGAACUCUACCAGAAAAGAGUGUUGACCAUCACUGGCAUCUGUAUUGCCCUCCUAGUGGUUGGCAUCAUGUGUGUGGUGGCCUACUGCAAAACCAAGAAGCAGAGGAAAAAGCUUCAUGAUCGGCUGCGCCAGAGCCUUCGUUCAGAACGCAACAACAUGGUGAACAUGGCCAAUGGGCCUCACCACCCCAACCCACCCCCAGAGAACGUGCAGCUGGUCAAUCAGUACGUAUCCAAGAAUAUCAUCUCUAGUGAGCAUGUCAUUGAACGAGAGACAGAGACGUCAUUCUCCGCUAGUCACUGCACUUCACCAGCUCAUCACUCCAUGGCUGCCACCCAGACACCCAGCCACAGCUGGAGUAAUGGGCACACAGAAAGCAUCAUCUCUGAAAGCCACUCUGUACUCGUCAUUUCCUCCAUAGAAAACAGUAGGCACACCAGCCCAGCUGGGGGGCCUAGAGGACGUCUUAAUGGCAUGGGAGGUCCCCGAGAAUGUAACAGCUUCCUCAAGCAUGCCAGAGAGACCCCUGAUUCCUACCGAGACUCUCCUCACAGUGAAAGAUAUGUAUCAGCAAUGACUACCCCAGCUCGCAUGUCACCCGUAGACUUCUACAUGCCAAGCUCCCCUAAGUCACCUCCUUCUGAAAUGUCUCCACCCAUAUCAAGUUUGACAGUCUCCAUGCCAUCUGUGGCUGUCAGCCCUUUGGUGGAAGAAGAGCGGCCCCUGCUUCUGGUGACACCUCCACGACUUCGGGAGAAAAAAUAUGAUCAUCACCCCCAACAGUUCAACUCCUUUCACCACAACCCAGUCCAUGAGAGCAAUAGUCUACCCCCUAGCCCCUUAAGAAUCGUGGAGGAUGAGGAGUAUGAGACUACCCAGGAGUAUGAGACCACCCAGGAGUAUGAGCCAGUGCAAGAGCCCACAAAGAAACUUGUCAACAGCCGGCGGGCCAAAAGAACAAAGCCCGAUGGCCAUAUUUCUAACAGGUUGGAAAUGGACAGUGACACAAGCUCUGAGAGUAGUAACUCAGAAAGUGAAACAGAAGAUGAAAGAAUAGGUGAAAAUACACCUUUCCUGAGUAUACAGACGCCGAUGGCAGCUGGCUUAGAGUCAGCCCCUGCCUUCCGCCUGGCUGACAGUAGGACUAACCCAACCAGCCGCUAUUCUACCCAGGAGGAAUUCCAGGCCAGGUUGUCCAGUGUAAUAGCUAAUCAAGACCCUAUCGCUGUAUAAAACUUAAAUAAACACAUAGAUUCACCUGUAAAACUUUAUUUUAUAUAAUGAAGUAUUCCACCUUAAAUUAAACAAUUUAUUUUAUUUUAGCAGUUCUGCAAAUAGAAAACAGGAAAAAACUUUUAUAAAUUAAAUCUAUGUAUGUAAAAAUGUGUUAUGUGCCAUAUGUAGCAAUUUUUUACAGUAUUUAAAAAUGAGAAAGAUAUCAAUGGUGCCUUUAUGUUCUGUUGUUAUGUUGAGAGCGAGUUUGUCUAGUUACAGUGACUGCUGUUCCACAGUAUUUCUGCAAAAUUUCCCAUGGUCAGUUUUCCUGGCUUCUUGUACAUUGCAUCAUCGUGUUGAAUGGAUGUAGGAUUCAUAAGACUUACCACUGUCCCUCCUUUGGUGUGUAGUCAGAGACCAAGUAAGACUUGUAUCGAUUCACCUGUCCAAGAACAAUCUUCCUUUGAAGGAAGUUUUCUUUGCUAUCAGGAUCUACAAUGAAUUCUGUCCAUUUUGUUGGCCAAAGGCUUGCUUUACUGAGCAUGGAAAUAAUAGUAGGACCAGCAGCAUGUUACUAAGAAUUAUAGGAAAAAACUGAAUCAAGUCACAUUCAAAGACAGGAAGGAAUUUUAUGAUUUAAAACAUAAACAAAUCAAUCUUAUUAUUCAGAAGGAAGCUUUUUCUUCUUACUAGGAUCUAUUCCCUCCCUCCUUUCCUUCCUUCCUUCCUUCCUUCCUUCCUUCCUUCCUUCCUUCCUUCCUUCCUUCCUUCCUUCCUUCCUUCCUUCCUUCCUUCCUUCCUUCCUUCCUUCCUUCCUUCCUUCCUUCCUUCCUUCCUUUUUUCCUUCCUUCUCAAAGAGAGCAAUGUCUCGUCUCAUUUUUUAAGGAACGGGGUCUUGUUGCCCUUCAAGGUGAACCCAAUCCUUGAUAAGCAUACUUCCUCACACUUGCUCUCAAUUUCUGGGGAAAUGAAGAAGCAACUUGAGCAAUCAAAAACCAAACCCAAACAAUACAAGUACUAACUUUUUGUCCUGUAUUUUUAAACUGAAUUGAAAAUUAGUGACAGCUUCUCAGCCUGAAAGGGAGGGGGCACUAAGGAACAGAAAGUCCCAAACAAAAAAUAGCUUCUAUAAGUGAUGCAUAAGUGAUAUGGAGGAUGAAAUGAUGAAAUGUGAUCUCUGUGUAUAUAGUAGUGACAUUUAGAAGACACAAGAGGAGAGAGUGAUGCUAAGCUAACAAAGGACAUAGUUUGACUGAAAUGGUCAACAAUUCCAUUGAUAGCUCUCUUGCCAUUAUCCCCACCCAUUACGUUUUUCUAACCAACAUUGAAUUGAGCCAGCCCCCAGUUAUGCAUGUUGAUUUUUGUCAAGAAUAUGCAGAUGUGCAUGUGACAUGUUACACCCUUGCCAGGGUAGUGACUUAUCACUGGAGUGGUUCCAGUGUUGAGAAUGCAGCACCUUUCAAUGUAAGCCCCUAGUUAGUCCCUAGGUCUUUUGCAUAUAGACCCUGAAUUCCUUUUACCACCUCCAUUUGGUUUCUUCUAUCCUCAUUCCCCUGGCACAAGGCAGACCCUCAGAUGGGGCUCUGUUUUGCAUGAGUUCCUGGGAUGUCAACAGAAGAAUGGCUAUAGGUAUUAACAUUCUGAAUAAAUGUUCAUUUCAGGGAGAAAAAUGGGAUCACAAACAUCCAUGUGCCUUGUUCUAUACCUUUUUGGGCUAAUCUAAGCUCCCAGAUCCCCUCUUCAUUUAAGAGGAACCCUACUUAGAGUGGGGCCACACAGGGAAAAACAAUGGAUUAUUAGUAUCUUCAGAGUAUUGAAGAGAAAAUUUCAACCUAAAGCCAGCAAGGACCCCAGGAGAAGGGUCAACUUCUAUGUGACAGGAGAUAUACAUGAUGUUAUUUUAUUUGGAGGUGAAUUAAGUUUGUGCACUCAUCCAAAGUAAUAAAAUAGAAAUAUAGAGCAACACAAGGGGCUGAGAUAGAAAGAAAACAUAAAUGCUUUGGCCAGAUAUUUGGGGUAGGGAAAAAAGGCUGAGCACAUAGUUACUCACAAGAGCAGCUCAGGUAGCAACUAACCAUGUCUUCAAAGUAUUGUAGAGCUUUUACCUAGCUAGGAAAAUGGCAGACAGCAGGGUCUUGAAAUCACCCCUAACUCAAGUUGCAGGAAUCUUUUCUUUGCUUCUGCAUCUCACUUCCUCUUUGCUCAGCAGUAUCCCUGUUCGUUGUACCCACCACAAGCAUCCCUUGGACAUAUAAAAUCAGCUGCAUUGAAGUCAUUGGACCUUGGAAAGUUGAAAGAUUUUGGUUAGGGAAAAAAAGAUGAGCUCUUAAAUGUUACCACCCCUUACUCCUUCAGUGAUGCCUUGGCAGGAUCUGCCAAAUGUUCUGCCCAUUCCCAUGAGGGAUUUCCCAAUACUACCUUAGACCUUAAUAGAGCUGUGUCAAAGCCCUAGAUCAUUAUGAUCAUAUUAGUGCUUGUGCUCUGGAUAUGCCAGCCAGUAAACCCAGGGCAAAGUCCAUUUGACCCCGCUUCUAAGGACGACACCAGGGCUUCCAAAUUGCCAAACUGCCUAAAAUAUUAGGAUGGUGAGAUAUUAGCCUUCUUACCUGAUGUGGCCUGCUAGGUCUUUGGCUAAUCAAUGUCUUCUGUUCCCAGGAUCAAAGAUAAUGUCUUGUAAAAGGCAAGAUUGAUCCUAUUGCAACCAUAGAAGCCACUUCAAGGGUCAUUAGGGUGUCCCUGCGGUGUUCAGUUACUGUUUUACUCUUUCUAUUCCCCUAUAACAAGCUCAGUACAGCAGCCAUCUACAAGGGGAAAGAGAGAGGACCAGCAUCCCUAGCUUGCAUCGACCCACCCCAUAUUCUGUGUCAAUGCAAAAUGCAUGGGACUUCAAUAAAAUUUGCUCCUUGGGAGUUUAUUGUAACUGUACCAAUCCCAUCAGGGAUUAACCAAUCAAUAAAAACAUUUAUUACAUACCUACUGUGUGCAGAGCAAGCAGUGGGUUACAUGGGUAUGCAAUGGAAUAUGGUAUAUGCAAAACCCCCUUUUAGUUAAGCUCCCCAAAUCUGUGUCCCUUGCUCCUGCUCCCAGAUAUGGUUUGUUAAAAAGCAUUGCCAUGUGCUUUCUCAACCCAAUGGCUAGCUUUGCCAGGGAUGUGUGUGAAUGUGUUCCCCUUCAAUGGAAUGGCAUCUCUUUCUCAUCUCCCUCCCUACAUAUGUGGAGCACGCCCAAGAGGGCCUGCUCAGGAACAUUGUUACCAUUUGUGGCCUGUGGUCAAGAGGUGACAGAAGCAAAAUCUGAUUUUGCCCCUGGGUACUGGUGGGUUUCCACCAGCCACAUGGGUUUCCCUUGUGAAAAGACCUUUGGAAUGCUGCAGCAAAAGUCAGACAAACUACAAUGGCCACAUAUCACAACUUCUAGUCUAUAUUCCUUUGUAAAUACAUACUGUACAUUACUGAGAUGUUUCCUCAAAUCAUCCACUAUCCUCCUGAGUUAAAGUCUGUUUGUACUCUAUUGAUUUCCUGUUACCCUGUAAAUAAUAUUUAUACUCAAUCAUCAAACAUCUAGAAAGAAUCAUUUUCCUAUGAUUUCUGAGAUGAAUGUCAAAAAUGUGUUUCAUUGUUUUAUCUUUUCUUUUAAAUUGUAAUGUAUCCUUUUAUUUCCAUUUUUAAAUUUUUUUUAAAAAGUAAUUUAUUGUUCGGGAGAAAGAAUGUAUCUGUAAUGGAAAGUGUUUGAAAAAUGCACAUUUGAAGGCCUAGAGGUACUGAUAAACUAAAGAAGUGGUUAUCCCAAA